AUGGCACCUUAUGAAGCAUUAUAUGGUCGGAAGUGUAGAUCCCCAAUUCACUGGGAUGAUAUGGGUGAGAAGAAGUAUCUGGGUCCAGAGUUAGUACAGCAAACAGAGGAGGCAAUUCAGAAGAUUCAUGGGGUUAUAAGUUUUUGCAAGCAAGGGAAAUUAAGUCCAAGAUACAUUGGACCAUAUGAUAUUGUCGAAAGAAUUGAAAAAGUGGCUUAUAGACUGGCUCUACCACUAGCACUAGCAAGAGUCCAUGAUGUAUUCCAUGUAUCGAUACUGAGGAAGUAUGUGCCGGACCCAUCACAUGUACUACGCCAAGAGGAUAUAGAGUUGAACAAAGACUUGACUUAUGAGGAACAACCAGUGAAAAUCUUGGACAACAGAGUGAAGCAACUUAGAAAUAAAGAGACAUCUCUAGUUAAGGUCCUUUGGAGAAGUCAACAGGCGGAGGACGCGACAUAG